AUGCUCUUCAAGAUACUUUGUGCACUGUCGGUCGCCGUAGCGGUGGUCUCCGCCCACGGCUACUCCUCUCAAUAUGUCAACAAACACGACGGUCACCACGAGCCAGUGCACCACGGACAUGAUCACCACGACUACUACACUCACCCCAAGUACGAGUUCGAGUACAAGGUGGAGGACUCUCACACGGGCGACCACAAGUCACAGCACGAGCACCGCGACGGUGACGUCGUCAAGGGACACUACUCGCUGCAUCAGCCCGACGGCUCUGUCAGGGACGUCCACUACCACAGCGACGACCACACAGGCUUCCAUGCCGACGUGAAGUACAGCACUCACCACGAAAUCCCUCACCAUCAUCACCACCACUGAAGAGUCGUUAUGUUAUG